CUCUCUCUCUCUCUCUCUCUCUCUCUCUCUCUCUCUCUCUCUCUCUCUCUCUCUCUCUCUCCAGAAACGCACAAACACUGAAAUAAAAUGGAUAAAAAUCCAUUCAAUAGUUCAUCCCAGGAUGUUGAAGUGAGAAAAGGGCCAUGGACCAUGGAAGAAGAUUUGAUUCUCAUCAACUAUAUUGCAAAUCAUGGUGAAGGUGUAUGGAACUCCCUAGCCAAAGCUGCUGGUCUCAAACGUACUGGGAAGAGCUGCCGACUCCGGUGGCUGAAUUAUCUGCGGCCUGAUGUUCGGAGAGGAAAUAUCACUCCUGAGGAACAACUUUUGAUUAUGGAACUGCAUGCAAAAUGGGGUAACAGGUGGUCGAAAAUCGCAAAACAUCUACCGGGAAGGACUGAUAACGAAAUCAAGAACUAUUGGAGGACUAGAAUUCAAAAGCACAUUAAGCAAGCUGAGAAUAUUACACCAGGACAAAGCUCUGAGGUCAAUGAUCAAGCAAGCACAAGUCAAGUGUCAAUCUCUAACACUGUGGACACAAUGGAUAUUUCCCACUCCGCACCAACACACCAAGCAAAUAUGGAUGCUUAUCCUCCUCCUUUGCCUGCUGAUCAAUCUAAUGAUAACUACUGGAGCAUGGAGGAUCUCUGGUCUAUGCAACUGCUAAAUGGAGAGUAAUUAAACAACCGAUUUCAUAUGAAAACUUAGGACGAGUUUGCACAUGAAAAUUGGAAGUGGUGAUGCCCAUGAAGAUUCGAAGAAAAAACGAUGAAGAUACCCAUGCCGUGAUACAAUUGAUACAGCAAAAAUGAACCGCUGGGAAAUCGACACGUGGAAAGCUAAUAUAGCUAUUCUUGUCAGAUUUGGUCUCGGCUUUCCAGAGUUGUGCAUGGCCAUGCAAAACUGAUGUUCGACGUGAACCUAACUUGCACCCACUGCAAGCAAGUUUUCACAUGCUCCUUAUUAAACUCCAUAUUUUAUUUUCCCUUCAAAUUAAUACUCGUCUAAUUUCUUAUAUUUUUAUGGUAUCUACUAGUCCAACAGGCUACCACAUGGCAAUUCUCAUCACAUAUAUAUUUUAUAAUUAAUAUAUCGUAAUUAAUCUGUUUUUAUUUUGUUUUUUGUUGAAGAAAUACAAAGUAAUUAAACUGUUUGAGAUAUUAA